AUGAUCUUUUCCAGUAAACACGACACCCCUUCGUGGGACCAGGUCAUUGUCGAUGUCAAGGACUACGUUUUCAAUUAUCAGGUCACGAGGCCUGAGAUUCUGGAGAAGGCUCGCGAAGUCAUCUUAGAUUCCAUCGGUUGUGCCAUCCUAGCAGUCAACACAAGUGAAGAGUGUCGGUCACUUCUGGGGCCGUACGUCCCGGGCACUUCCGUUGCGAAUGGAUGCAGGCUCCCGGGCACAUCGAUUGUUCAGGACCCUGUCAAAGGUGCCUGGGACCUGGCAAGCUUGAUUCGCUGGCUGGACUACAAUGAUUGCAUAGGCGGCGUGGACUGGGGUCAUAUUUCUGACAACUUGGGCUCUAUCAUCACGGUCUGUGAUUGGCUGGCUCGCUCUAAGCAGCCAAGGUCAGCAGGAGCACCACCUCUCACGAUGCGGACUCUGCUCGAGGCCAUUGUCAAGGCAGCCGAGAUCCAGGGAACCUUCAACGUCCUGAAUUCAUUCAACAAACUGGGCCUUGACCACACAGUCCUUGUGAAGCUGGCGUCCACUGCGGUUGUAUCCUGGCUCAUGGGCUCCAACGAGGAGCAGACAAUGGCAGCCAUUUCGCACGUAUUCAUGGACAGCUGCCCUCUACGUGUCUUCAGAGCCGGCUCCAAUACGAUCCCGCGGAAAGCCUGGGCAGCUGGCGACGCAUGCAGCCGCGCCGUCCAGCUGGCCCUGAUCGUCCGAGCAGGCCAGCCUGGCGCCCCAACGGUUCUGACCAUGCGAAAGUGGGGUUUCUACGAAAAUAUUUGGCGUGGACAGCAGUUUGCUUUCCCACUCGUUUCUAAGGAGAGGGAUGCGAGCUCGGAAUCGAAGCUGGCGUCGCCUUUCCAAACGUACAUAAUGGAGCGCGUUGCGUUCAAGCUGAACCCUUGUGAGGGCCAUGCCCUGUACGCAAUCGAAGCCAUGCUCGAUGCCGGGCGACAGCUGCGCGGUCGAGGGCUUGACCCUUUCCGGGACAUCAAAUCUAUCAAGCUUCGGGCGUGCAGGCCUAUUGUGCUGAUCCUCGACAAGCCGGGUGAGCUAUACAACUACGCAGAUCGGGAUCAUUCGAUCCAGUAUGUCCUUGGUGUAACGCUGCUCAAGGGCUCGCCACCAGAGACACAUGACUACAGCGAUGACAGCCUCUGGGCUUCUAGCCCGGAGUUGCGGGAGACCAGGGCCAAGUUCCAGGUGAUUGAGGACCCCGGUUUCACGGCCGAGUACUACGCCAAUAGUAGGGGUGAGCCUUCGCCUCCGGUAGCAGGUGUGACGCUGGUGUUGAGUAGCGGCGAAGUUAUGGAGGAAGCCGUCGCGAGAACAUGCCCAGGUGUUCCAGCCAAUCCCAAGACGGCGGAUGGGGUGAGGACCAAGUUUCUUAAGAACAUGAAGAGCGGGAAUUUCUCCGACCAGGCCAUUAGAAAUAUUGUCGACUUGGUCUACCAGGAUGACGCGUCUGUUUCACACCUGGUAGAUUUGCUUGUCAAGUAA